AUGACUGAGACUGACACCCAAUUGACGCUGACUGAUGUCGAAGACCUCAAGAAACAUCUAAUGAAAGUUUUCGAGGGUGUGACCAGAGACUGUGAGGAUAAGGAAUUGAAGAAACUAUUUGACAUGGUUAGGGACUAUGACACCCUUGAUUAUCAAGCCAAUCAUAUGUUCAGUGCCACAGCAGAUUUGGGCUUCCUUGACGAAGCGAAAGAGCUCUUUAAGCCUCACCCUGGGCAGAACAUACUGCCGGAAUUGGCUGUCUAUACCCUGGUCAUGUUUGCCUAUGCCGGCACUGGCAACAUCAAGGAUUCUCACAAGGUUUACCAGCAGAUGAUAGCCUCUGGUGUCACUCCUGCCGCAUACACUUACACUAUAAUCAUCUGUGCAAUUGCAAAAGACUUUUCGGAUCCUAAUUCUGUUGGGUAUGCCAAGAAGUAUUUCCUUGAAAUGUUGGAUAGGGGGAUGAAGCCCCAUUAUCAACCCUACAUGUAUGUUAUGGAUGCCAUUUCUUACCGGGAGUCAGGGGAAGAGGCCAAGAAGUUCCUCGAGCAGAUAAAAGCUAAAGGGUUCAUCCCUGUGAUCGAUGAUUUUCAAUACAAAGAAGGCCACCUCACAGAAGCACUGCAAGCAACGAAAACCUAUGUUGAUAGCCUUGUCAAGACCACUGAUGAGGCUGUUCAAAAACAUCUGCGCAAGUCACACCUCUCCCCUUGGUGUAUGCGAGCUAUUGAGAUGCACAAGGCUUUGGUAGACGAUGGAGCUCUAGAUGAGGCCAUCGAGUUCUAUCAUACCAUUCAACAAUCAGGGUUUGGCAAGACCAAGGGUGCUCUGGAGGCGUAUCUGGAGAUGCUAGCUGCUGGGGUUACCCCCAACUCCUACACUUACACUGUUUUAAUCAAGGGACUUAGUGCUGACCGUGACUUCUUUGGAGAUGCCAAGAAGUACUUGCUUGAGAUGAUGGACAUGGGGAAACAGCCUAAUGCUGCUACCUACACAGCAGUGAUAGAAGGCUUUGUGCUUUGGGAGGACAAGACAGCCGAGGAGAAGGGCAAGGAAUUUGUGGAGAUGAUGAUGGGCAAAGGUUUCAUGCCAAAUGCGAAGUCUAUGAUGCAGGUUUUAAAGGGAAGACCAAUUCCACUAAUUAGAAGGGUCAUGAACAUUGUACUUUCCAAGUUGAAGCACUGA